CUUCACCUCUACGCAACCAGAUGCCAGCGCCUCUGAAAAAGACCAGCAACGGAAGCGUCUGAGCGCCGACAACAUGCAACGACCGACCUACGCAAACUCGCCUCCCCUACAUCACCCGGUACCCCAGCACGUAUCGACAGUGCCCCAACUCCGCUCACCACCGCCUCCACAAUCAGCUGGCAGUCAACAAGGCGGCUAUGGCUAUGGAGGGCAGAGUCCGCCCACGAACCAAGGAGCGCAGGGCGGGAACUUCAUGCAUCCAGCAUUUGGAGGCUUCAUAAAUGAUCCUACAACACAAAUGGCCGCACAGUUUGGUGCCGGCGCCCUGAAUGCUGGCCAGCAAUAUGUUGAGCAGAAUUUGAACCGCUUCGUCAGCGUCUCAACGCUGAAGCACUACUUCAAUGUCUCAAACCGAUACGUCCUGGCUAAGCUGUUCAUUGUGCUCUUUCCCUGGCGACACCGACCCUGGUCACGGCAGCAAGUGCGAUCGAACGAUGGGCCAAAUGCGAUCGAGUUUCUCCCCCCGCGAGAAGACACGAACAGCCCAGACAUGUAUAUACCGCUCAUGGCCCUAGUCACCUACAUUCUCCUCUCAACACUGAUUGCGGGCUUGAAUGGCAAGUUCGAACCAGCGCUUUUGGGCGUGACUGCCACAAACGCCGUCGUGAUCAUGGGAUUGGAGCUGGUGACAUUGUGGGCAGGACGCUAUUUCCUCAGCAUCAACAGCGAGUCUCAAAAUUAUGAUCUUAUCGCAUACAGCGGGUACAAGUUUGUCGGGGUGAUUGUCACGAUUUUGGUGGCAGCCAUUGUCAAUCAUGGCACAGGCACGGGAGGUUGGGUUGGCUGGACUGUCUUCGCGUAUACCUAUAUGGCGAAUGCCUUCUUUUUGCUCCGCUCUCUCAAAUACGUCCUGCUACCCUCCGACAACGCACCAAACAACCCUGGCAUGCAGACAAUUGCGCGAGCCCAGAGAUCACGUCGGACACAGUUUCUCUUCAUCUACAGCUACGUGAUUCAGUUCGCAUUCAUGUUCUGGCUUACGAGCUUGAAUGUCUCGCCAACGAAGGCUGGGAAGUAGCAUACCGGAAUAGAUGGCGAUUUGCCGUGAUAGUAUUGAGCAGCGUUCAAGCGGGAUGCAUGAGCAGAAUAGCUAGAGCGCGGCAUGAAACAUUUGCAUGAUAGCGCUGGAGGCACUUUCGGUGGCCUGC